AUGGACUACACUCCAGCCCCGAACUUCGAUAAUAUGAUCAAUUCCCUAAUCGCCGUCAAAAAGCGUGAGGUGACGAGAAUAGUAAGAAACCAGAACGUAGGUGAGGUGACGAGGAUAGAGGUAACCGGAAUGUUGCGGGAGCACCUGACGAAGAUUGUGGACGCCGCUGAUCCAGACCUUGAGGCUCGAAUGCCGAGCUCAAACGUCAACCUUCACAAAUUCUUGGACAGGGCAGCAGACUUUGGAGUAGAGGAGGCUCGCUGCCUGGUGGAAGAGGCCAAGAUACUGUGGCCAACGCUCUCGCUUGAUGCACCCAACGUUCUCGCUUUGCGGAAGGGCCUGAGGGGGUCAAAAGAGUCCAUCCUACCGUAUAAGCGUUUGAGUGCAUUCUUCGCUCUUGGAAGCAAACGACUCAAUGCCCGGGCGGCUGAAUGGAAACAAGAGGACAUCCUACCGACUAUAGUGCAUGGCAUCAUAGCAGACAUAGCAGUUGUGCUGGCACAAGACUCUGAACCGACGUCGUCGUCACCAGAACACACUCCUAGCAUGUGA